AUGGAUGAAGAAAACGCAAGCAUAACAAGUAUGUCCAUCUUUGGAGAUGAUGGCGUUGAUGAUCUGCUCAAUGGUAAUGACCUCGAUAACAAUGAACAAUUAUUUGGCGACGAUGAGGCGCAAGAAAACAACGAGAAUGAUGGUGAGACACCCGCAUCAAGUGGAACAGCUGUAAAGGUGCAGCCGAAGAAGAGAAAUGUUCUCAACCCAAGGCCUCGCCUUACAGAGGAAACACUACGUGGACCCAGAGGUCUACACACAAUAGAGGAAUACUUCAGCGACAUUAAAUUCAAAGGUAAAGGCUAUGAAAAACAAGAUUUAGAUGAAAUAAUGAGACGGUUACAACACUGGGGCCAUCGGAUGUAUCCCACUUAUAAAUUUGAUGAUGUCCUGGCCAAUAUUGAGCGUUUGGGCAAAAAGAAAACACUACAGGUACACAUGUCCCGUUACCGGCUAGGCAUGCUUGAAGCUACGAAGACGCAUGGUAACAUGAACGAAGCUGACGGCGAUGGAGAUGAGCUGGCGGCUGAAGCCGGUGCCGACGAGCCAUUUGAUGAAUUUGAUGCUUUAUUGGAUGAACAAAUUGCCAUUUCAAAAAUUGCUCCACGCACUCCCGCGCCCAGCUCCUCAAAAUAUGCGGCGCACAAUGCAAAUAACACAGGGAUGAGCACUUCUUCGUCGUUUAGCACACCGUCAUUUUCAAGAGGAAAUGCCGUGAUGUCAACACCGUACUCCGGUAUACAUAACCUUAAUGAUACGAGUGAUUUGGCCACACCACUGCCACAAAGUCAACCAUCCACACCCGCAACCAAACAAUUGACGGCAGAGCAAAUGGCACGCAUAGCGGAAAACAGACGUUUAGCCCAAGAGAGACUGGCGGCCAAAAAAUUAGCGGCACAAAAGACCCAAGAGCUUAAUGGAAACGACUGA